AUGACCAUGUUAAAGUACGCUACAGCAUCCAGAUGUGUAUGGACAUCUCUUCAGAGAAACAGAGCUUCCACCAUCCGAUUGUACACCAAUGAUGCUCAAUCAGCCACUUCCGUCUAUGAAAAGAUGGACAGCAAUAUCAAUACCAUCAAGAAGAGAUUGAAUCGCUCCUUGACAUUGUCCGAAAAGAUCCUGUAUAGCCAUUUGCAUGACCCUCAGACUCAGGAAAUCGCUCGAGGCUCCUCCUACCUCAAGCUCUUUCCAGACCGUAUCGCAUGCCAAGACGCCACUGCUCAAAUGGUCUUGUUGCAACUCAUGGCCACUGACAUUGCUCGAGUUCAAGUGCCUACAACCAUCCACUGCGACCAUUUAAUCGAGGCGCAACGAGGCGGUAAGGCUGAUUUAUCGAGAGCAAAGUACGUCAAUAAGGAGGUCUAUGAUUUCUUGGCCGACGCGUCUGCCAAGUACGGUAUCGGGUAUUGGAAGGCAGGCUCUGGUAUCAUGCAUCAAGUGCUGCUGGAAAAUUAUGCGUUUCCCGGUGGACUGAUGAUAGGCACGGAUUCGCAUACGUGUAAUGCAGGCGGUUUGGGAAUGCUAGGUGUCGGUGUCGGUGGCUCGGAUGCUGUGGAUGUCAUGGCUGGCAAGAGUUGGGAAUUAAAGUGUCCCAAAGUCAUUGGUAUCAAGUUGAGUGGAAGUCUCUCCGGGUGGGCAUCACCAAAAGACGUUAUUCUCAAGAUAGCUGGUAUACUCAGCGUGAAGGGUGGUACAGACAGUGUAUUGGAGUAUUUUGGUGAGGGUGUGGAUUCAAUUUCAUGCACUGGUAUGGCAACCAUUUGUAAUAUGGGCGCCGAGGUGGGUGCUACAUCUUCUGUAUUUCCCUACAAUGACCGUAUGAGCGAUUUCUUGAAGGCCACCCAUAGACAAGAUGUUGCUCACUCGGCUGAGAAAUAUGCUCAUAUUCUGCAAUCAGAUCAAGAUGCUGCUUAUGAUGAAGUGAUUGAAAUCGAUCUCUCCACCGUAGAACCUCAUGUCAACGGUCCAUUUACCCCUGACUUGGCUACUCCUCUCUCUCUGUUCAGAUUAAAAGUGAAACAAGAAGGCUGGCCUGAUAAACUGAGUGCGUCGCUUAUUGGAUCAGACACCAACUCAUCGUAUGAGGACAUGAACAAGGCUGCUUCUAUUGUCAGGCAAGGUUUGAAAAAGGGACUCAAAGCUAGAGUGCCCUUCUUGGUGACACCAGGCUCUGAACAAAUGAGAGCAACCUUGGAACGUGAUGGACAGUUGGAUUUGUUUGAACAAGCGGGUGGUACUACUUUAGCAACGGCAUGUGGACCUAGUAUUGGGCAAUGGGAUCGCAAGCAAACUUUGCAAGGAGAAAAGAAUGCCAUCAUGAUUUCUUAUAACAGAAACUUUAGCGGAAACAAUGAUAGUAACCCCAAUACGCACGGGUUUAUUGUAUCUCCCGAGGUUGCAACCGCCAUGGCAUUUGCAGGAAAGAUCACAUUCAAUCCCAUGACAGAUUCCAUGGUCGGAUCAGAUGGAAUCCCCUUCAAAUUUGACACACCCUCCAGUCAUGAUACCCCUCCCAAAGGAUACGCAGCGCACAACGCAGAAAUGUAUCAAGCACCACCAGAAGAUGGCUCGCAUAUCGAGAUCAAGAUCAACCCGCACUCAGAUCGACUUCAAAUCUUACCUCGCUUUCCCGCUUGGGAUGGAAAAGACUACGAGUCUCUACCUAUUUUGACCAAGAUUAAAGGAAAAUGUACCACGGAUCAUAUCUCCAUGGCAGGCAAAUGGCUCAGAUACCGCGGUCAUCUAGAGCAUAUAUCCAACAACCUGCUGAUUGGUUCCACAAAUUCAGAGGAUCAAGUCAAUCAGGCUACCAAUGUAUUCACAAAUGAGACAGCUUCCAUUCCUGAAACAGCCCGUGAUUAUAAAUCAAGAGGCGUGUCUUGGGUCAUUAUUGGUGAUGAAAACUACGGUGAGGGUUCGUCUCGCGAACAUGCUGCUAUGGAACCAAGAUACCUGAAUGGGCUUUCGGUCAUUGCCAAGUCAUUUGCUCGUAUUCACGAAACCAACUUAAAGAGAAACGGUAUAUUACCGCUCACUUUCAGUGAUCCAGAUGACUAUGAGAAGAUUGAUCCGUCUGAUAAAGUCAGCAUUGUUGGCUUAACUAAUAUCCAACCCGGGAACCCCUUGACAUUGAGAUUACAUAAGAGCACAGGGGCCACGAUUGAUAUUCCAUUGAAUCAUACGUUUAAUCAAGAACAACUUCAAUGGUUCAAGCAAGGUUCUGCUUUGAAUGCAAUGUGUUCAAAAUAG